AAAUAAGUGUCCGGACAGCAAGAAAUCAGGAGGAAAAAGAGAAAUAUUGCUGCUUUUUACUGUAACUAGUGGUGGAAAGCUUCCAACCAACUGUCCGUGAGAAUUUUUGUGUUUUUGGAAGUUACAUCCAAGUAAAAGUAAAAGUUUGAUUGCAUGACAAAGUAUCCAUCAACCAAUUCCCAGCUAGUUUCAUUGCUAAAUUCAGCUUGUAUUGCAUGAUUCUGAGCUUGAUUGGGCAGAAUCUUGGGGUUUUGGAAUUUUAUGGCAAAAUGUAGAGUAGAACUCUCCAUAUUUUCUUGGACACCAGGCGACUUUUGUGUACCACGAGAUCUUCAUAGGGAUCUUAAAAAAGCCAAGUUUGACUAUGCUUUAAUCGGCUGGAAACCUGUUUCAGAUUGAUAAAUGUGUUUGACCAUUUAUAUUCUUGCUUGUUCGCCUUUUCUAGUUUGAAAUUCAAGAAGCGGAUGAGAAUUCCAAAAGGGCCAAGCAAGGACAGGUUUCGAGGCAGUGAAGGACAGAUUGAUAAUCAUAAUACCGUCUGACUGAUUUGGUGGGGAGCUCAAAUCUUGGAGACUCAAUACCCACCUUAGAAAAAAUUGGAAAUCCAAGUGGAUUUCAGGGAAUCUGUUCAGAACUGAUUGUAAUCUUGAUAUCUUCUGAUCUAUUGUGGUCUAUUCUGUUAGCUUAAACCGUGAAGGGACAAUACCGAAUUGAGAAAAAAUUGGAAAACGGAAGAGAGAAAUAGCUUACAGGAAAUCGUUGAUAGAAUACAAAUUUAAUAGUUUCAGAGGUUUCCUGCGUACCCCAUGCUUGUAAGGACAGAAUCGAAUUGAAUUCUACAAAGAACGAUGAGGGCAAAAAGCUUUAACAGCUCUGAGAACUGUUUUGUAUUGAAUACGGGGCAUAAAAUUCCUGCUGUUGGUCUGGGGACAUGGCAGGCUGAUGGUGAUAUAUGCACUGAGGCAGUGAGGACUGCAUUGGAAGUUGGAUAUCGGCAUUUGGAUUGUGACCAUUUGUAUGGAAAUGAGGUUGAAGUAGGGCAGGCCUUGUCAGAGGCCUUGAGAGGUGGACUGAAGAGAGAGGAUGUCUUUGUGACCUCCAAAUUGUGGUGCACUACAAAUGCCCCCAAGAGGGUUGAGACCUCUGUUAAGGUAUGCUUGAAGAAUCUUGAGUUGUCCUAUUUGGAUCUGUACUUGGUGCAUUGGCCUUUGACUUUCUCUUUUGGGGAUGCCACUGAUCCUCCAAGGAAACCUGGUAUGGAAUUGAGGCAACCUUCACAUCGGUUGAAAGCAACCUGGCAGGCCAUGGAGUGUUUGGUCGAGAAAGGGCUUGUGAAUUCUAUCGGAGUCAGCAACUUCAGCAUACAACAGAUAGAGGAGCUGCUUAGCUUUGCAAAAAUAAUUCCUGCUGUCAAUCAGGUAGAAUUGCAUCCCUUUUGGCGGCAAGAUGAUCUUGUCAAAUUCUGUCAAGCAAAGGGUAUUCAUGUGUCAGCUCAUACACCUUUGGGUGUACCUGCAAGCAAUUUAUUAAGCAAUGAAUGCGGAUCAAGUGGAGAGGAUGAAUGUGAGACACCUCGAAUUGCAUUCAGAAGGUGCAGGUCUGUUCAUGUACCAAUGAUUAAAACAUCUGUAGUAGCAAACAUUGCAGCACGCCUCAACAAAACUCCAGAACAGGUAAUUUUAAGAUGGGGACUACAGCGAGGAACAAGUGUGUUACCACGCAGUUUGAGACCUGAACGGAUCAAGACAAAUUUUGAUAUCUUCAAUUGGUCAUUAUCUGAAGAAGACUGGAAGAAGAUUAACUCACUAGAGCCUCAAUUGCGGCUGAUAGACAGUGGUUACUCAAAUAUAUCUGAAGCUGGACCUUUACAAGCAGUUCAAGAGACCGAUGAUGACAUCGAAGGCAUCUAAUGGGAUUGCUGACAGUGUUCUCCAGGAUUCUGUAGAUUAAAAAUUCAUUUCAAAUAUAUUGAGUGUGAUCUUGCUAUCAUAUUAUUGCUAUUUCAGAAAGCUAUAUAUCAUUUCUCAGGGAUUGGAUGAUUUUUUAAAACUUGGCUAUGUAUGUAAUUUUCUAUAGAAUAAAAUACAGCCUCUUUGAUAUAGCAGUGAAA